CGUAUUGAUAAGAUGUAAUCCGCUUUAUUAUCUUCGCUGAUAUGUUCAGAAAUCCAGGGAGAAGUUCAAUCGGAGAAGAAAAAUGGCAAUGCUCAGAGCUGUCAAAACAACCUUUCUCCCUCAAAUUUCCUCUUUAAUCUCCACCGCUAGAUCAGUGAGCACAUUGGUUGUAGCCGAACAUGAAGGUGGUGCUAUAAAGGGUCCAUCUGUAAGUGCAGUAGAGGCUGCAAAGGCUUUGGGCGAUGGAAAUUCAAUUUCUAUUCUUGUCGCUGGAUCAGGUCCGUCCCUUCAAGAAGCUGCUGCACAUGCUGCCUCAUGUCAUCCCUCAAUUUCACAGGUACUUGUUGCUGAUUCAGAUAAAUGUACUCAUUCUUUGGCAGAACCUUGGGCUAGGUUGGUCCAUUUGGUUCAGCAAAAAGGUGGCUACUCACACAUACUUGCUGCUGCGAAUUCAUUUGGCAAAAACAUACUGCCACGUGCAGCUGCCCUUUUAGAUGUUUCUCCAAUUACUGAUGUUAUUGAUAUUUCUGGUUCUAGUCAAUUUGUCAGACCAAUUUAUGCUGGAAAUGCACUUUGUACUGUGCGAUAUACUGGCGCUAGUCCUUGUAUGUUGACCAUUAGAUCAACAUCUUUUCCAGUACCUGCGAUCUCAGCUGAUACAAAAUCUAAUGAAGCUCGUAUUUCCCAGGUUGACCUCUCAACCUUUGGUGAAGAUUCUGUUGGUAAGUCUAGAUAUGUACAGCAUACAUCUCAGGACACUGAGCGCCCUGACCUUGGAAGUGCACGAAUAGUGGUCACAGGGGGUCGGGGGUUGAAAAGUGCAGAGAACUUCAAAAUGAUUGAGAAACUUGCAGAAAAGCUUGGUGCAGCUGUUGGUGCUACCCGUGCUGCUGUUGAUGCGGGAUUUGUUCCAAAUGACCUCCAGGUUGGUCAGACUGGAAAAAUUGUUGCUCCAGAAUUGUAUAUGGCUUUUGGUGUUUCUGGAGCCAUUCAACACAUAGCUGGCAUGAGAGAUUCCAGGGUCAUUGUUGCUGUAAAUAAAGAUUCAGAUGCACCUGUAUUCCAGAAUGCAAUAGCCUAUAUGUAAUGGGAUUUGAGGCUUUGGUUACACUAAACUCCAGAUGCACUGUCUAAAUGAAAAACACAAGGAUAAUGGCUGUCACGGCUGUUAUGAAUAUAAGAACCCCCUAAAAUCUGCAGCCUAUUAGGUAUUCUAAAGUUGUUCUCUCUCCCAUAUUUCACACUGCAUGUGCCUAAAUCUCUUGUGCAAAAUCUGCAUAUUGUAAUUAAUGCAUUUAUGAUUUACCUUUGGUUUUUCCAUUUAUUGAAUUAUAGUCGGAUACUUGCAAACAUCUACAUUUAAUGCAAUUUGCAAUUCCUAAAAGAUUGCACUUCGACUAUUAUUUCCGUGGAUGUAUUUUAAAUCUAUGCUAAAUAAUGCUCUGACAAAUUGAUAAUUUGUACCAUAGUUGCUGCAAAACCCCCAGCGUCCCUUUUGUUGCACCUAAAGGUAAGGGGAAAAAAAAAAAGAAAUAGGGAAAAGUCUGGGCCUGUGUA